GGGCGAUCGAGGUUUGGUGCUCGCAGCAGUGGCCGAGAACGGCAACGCCCUAGAGUUUGCGGAGGCUAUGCUCCGCGGGGACCGAGAUUUCGUGCUGGAAGCGCUGCGCCAGACUGCGGCGGCGGCUCCAGCUGUGGCCUUUGUAGCAGAGGAGCUCCUGAAGGACUCCUCCUUCGUGCUCGAAGCAGUGAGGAUGAACCCUUGGACAAUUGGAUAUCUGCCUGCAGAUUUCCAGAGGCAUCCCGAGAUUGUCCAAGAGGCCGUCAAGCGGAAUGGCCGGCGAUGGAACCCUUUGCACCCCAAUUGCAAGGCCAGUGGUCGCACGACCUGGGCGAGGAGGUACGAAGGAGCGGCUUGACGGUGCUGGCGCGUUUUCGCAGACGUCAGGCUACGGAGCGCCGUGCUGGACAGCUUGAACAGUUGUACAGAUGCCAUACGCAUCCAGAAGCCAAAGAGACGCUUUUGGGGCAAUGUUUCACAGCACGCCAGAGAAAGUG